UAGGGGCGUCUGGGAUGACGGAGGAUCGGGCCGCUGCUGCAGCCAAGAAGAACCCCAGCUGUCCCAGUAUUGAGCAAAUGCUGGCCUCAAACCCUGGGAAGACACCCAUUAGUUUACUGCAGGAGUAUGGAACCAGGAUUGGAAAGACACCGGUGUAUGACUUGCUGAAAGCCGAGGGCCAAGCACACCAACCAAACUUCACUUUCCGAGUGACAGUCGGUGACAUAAACUGCACAGGUCAAGGACCAAGCAAAAAGGCAGCAAAGCAUAAGGCUGCAGAAGCUGCCCUGAAAUUAUUAAAGGGAGGAAACAUGUUGGAGCCUAUGGGAGAUGGAGUUAAGAUCUCUGCGACUGAAUCCAAAAGCUCAAACUCUGCCCAGCAGGCCGAAUGUAACCCUGUAGGAGCACUGCAGGAGCUGGUCGUUCAGAAGGGAUGGCGGCUGCCAGAGUAUACAGUGACUCAGGAAUCUGGUCCUGCCCAUAGGAAGGAGUUCACCAUGACUUGCAGAGUAGAAAGAUUCCUGGAGAUAGGAAGCGGGACUUCAAAGAAGCUGGCAAAACGGAACGCUGCAGCGAAGAUGUUGGCAAGGAUCCACGAUGUACCAGUGGAUCACAGGGACGGGAACGAAGUCGAGCCCGAAGAUGACCAGUUCUCCAUCUUGAUAGGCAGCAAACUAGACGGCCCAAGGGGCAAGAACACGUGUUGUACAUGGGACUCGCUCCGAAACUCGGCCGGAGAAAGGAUUCUGCAUCUCAAGAGCCAUCCGCUCAGUGUCAUCAACUCAAACUUCUGCCAAAUGCUGAGGGACUUGGCUGAAGAGCAGCAGUUUGACAUCAGUUAUUUGGACAUCGAGGAGCUGAGCUUGAGUGGCCUGUAUCAAUGUUUAGUGGAGUUGUCAACUCAGCCGAGCACCGUCUGCCAUGGCUCGGCCUCCACCAGAGACGCAGCUCACGCCAACGCAGCUCACAACGCACUCCAGUAUCUCAAGAUAAUGGCUGGCGGAAAAUGAUCCCAAAGGACAGAGCUACCAAGCAUUCUUGACUGACCAGCACUGUUUAUUCCAAAAUGAACUGCGUUUUUAAACCAACAACUUGAAUGAACUUCACACAAGACUUACACUUGACGGAAAGUCAAGGUCUCUAGCUGCUCAGUAUGCUUUGAAGGUGCCUUUUUAGUUAUUUUGGGGGAAGGGGAGGGGGCGUGGGGCGGGGUAGUAUGAUGGUUUAUUUAAGGAUCCCUCCCGCUGCUAAACAUAGCAAAUGGACUGAUGUAUGUAAAUGGUGGCUCGUUUCAUUGCAAAGCGCCCGUGGUCCAAAUCAGCCACGCAACAGCAAAAGGAAUUUCACCCACAUGUGGUUUUUAAAACUUGUUGGCUAACCCAUAUCUUUCGCUGGAUGGCGAACUUGACAUUGAUCCUGAGAUUCUUUCCCUGGAGAGAAUUGAGCAUUGUACUGUUUUGUUUUAAGCCCUAUCUCCGAAGUGGGGAAUGCUGCAGCGGAGAUCAAGUGCUAAUGGCACAAGCGGUAAUUUUCCUUGAUCCUCGGAAAACGUAAAUCACAGAGUCUGAGCCAUCGUUCUAUGGUGUAUGACUGCUUAUCCAAGGGAACACGGAGCUUCCUCUGUGUAUUUGAUGUGUAGGAUUUCAACAUGAGGGUUGCGAGUUGAUGUGGCGCAAGUAGCGGUGGACUGGCUCGGGGUUGUGAGGUAAAAUAGGAGUACUUGAGGGUACUGAUUCUUGUCAGAAAACAACCGUGCGUUUAAAAUCUUUGCCGGGGCUUAAAUGGACCUUCCCAAUUUCCCAUAUAGCCAGUCCUCCCCUGGGCACAUGGGUGGGUGUUUGCCCCUCUUGGUAGAGCUAAGCGCAACUUCCCUUUGAGCAAAGUUCCUGGCCUGGUUGUUCAAUCGACAGUGAGGUACUGAGUGAAUAUUCAACAACCACAACCAAUGAUGUUUGGUUCACACAGCGCCUUUCACGUC